AUGAAGACAGCCACUGCAGUAACUCACAUCAACGAGGCACUGCUGAGGAAGGAGCCCAACGAGGUCGGCAUUGCACUGGAGGCGACAAUGCAAGACCAGAGAGUGAAGCAGGUGAGGCUACUCCGCCCGCUCAACAGCCAGAACUUCGGCCGAAGUUGGUGGAGACUGAAGAGGAGCCUCUGGAAACCCCAAAGGUGGAGGAGACCCGGAUCAUGUGUGAAGUGGACCCCAAUGAGAUUGCGGCGUGGCGGGAGCUCUUCUUCAAGCUUGGAGAAGUGGAGGAAACACCCGCUGCUUGUGUGUCCUCGGCAGAUCCUGAACAUGGCACUUGGGGAGAGCAGGGCUCGCUUGCACGUCUUCUUCGAAGAGAAGGGCUUGACAUGCCAGCGCGACUGCCUCACUGAGCCGGGAUUGAAGCAAGAGACCUGUGACCUUGAUAUCACUGACCCGGUGGCAGUUGGUCCACAUGCAAAGCUCUUGGAACAGGCCCCAGGUCCAGCGCUUCGGGCCGCGCCUGGGGCGACCGCCGGCGCGGCCGACGCCCACGCUGCGGAGCCGCCGUGGCCCACCCUAGCCACCAUGCUGCAGAUGGAAGAUAAUCGGCGCUACUCGCCAAGCGACUGGCUGUUGAUGCAGAAGGGCGAGUUUGAGAAGGAUGGCGGGAAAGCUGCCCGCGACAUUCACACAGACCGCUUUUGA